AUGGCCCACCCGAUGGAACCACUGGCAAAGAAAAUCUUUAAAGGAGUUUUAGUAGCUGAACUUAUGGGCAUUUUUGGAGCAUAUUUUUUGUUUAAUAAGAUGAACACAAGCCAAGAUUUUGGGCAAACAAGGAAGAAGAAAUUCCCUUUCAUCUUAAAAGUUUAUUACAAAUCCAUUGAACAAUCUGGGCUGUAUAGGAUCAGAGAACAAGAUCAAGAAAAAUGGCUGAAUAGCAAAAAUUAG